UGGGACGCCGGGAGGGAACUUGAGUGCAAACUUCAGGGAGAAUGCGCCAAACGCCGGCCGCCUUGGCCCUUCUGCUGCUCCUGGUGCUGGGGGUGGAGGAGGCAUCCUCCUCGGGCUACGAGGUCGAGCACAAUGACUCGGUCAGCGGCCCCAGGAAGGCCAGGCUGGCUGCCCAAACCUCAGCAGAUGUGGUCCGCUGUUUGAUCAGCGCCCUCCAGGUGGGCUGCGAGAUUUUCGCUUGCCUGGAAAACGCCACAUGCGAAACGGGCGGCAUGUACGACAUAUGCAAAUCCUUCCUGUACAGUGCUGCUAAAUUUGACACUCAGGGGAAAGGCUUUGUCAAGGAGAGCUUGAAGUGCAUCGCAAGCGGAAUCACGUCCAAGGUGUUCCUUGCCGUUCGGAGAUGCUCUACGUUUCAGCGCUUGAUUUCAGAAGUGCAGCAGGAAUGUUACAAGAAGCUGGACAUCUGCAGUGUUGCCAGAAGGAACCCAGAAGCCAUGGCAGAAGUCGUCCAGCUUCCAGACUAUUUCUCAAACAGGUAUUAUAACAAGCUCUUGAAAAGCUUAUUGGAAUGUGAUGAAGAGACGGUGAGGACCGUAAAGGCCAGCCUCAUGGCCAAAAUUGGACCAGACAUGGCCAGCCUUUUCAAUACGCUGCAGACGGAUCACUGUGCCCGAAUCCAGCCGCGAGCAGACUUCAGCCGGAGGCGCAUCGCCGAGCCCCAGAAGCUCAAAAUCUAUUUCAGGAAUCUCCAAGGCGAGGGCCUGGCUCAGCCCCAUAUGAAGCGCGCCUCUUCCGAAAGCGUGUGAGCGUCACGAGAGCGUAGGGAAUCAAUCCAAGCUCUACCAAAGUUGGGAAAUUAUUCCUUUUUUUUGUUUUGUUUUUCUUUAGCAUUCACGACAUGCCAGAAAAUGUACUGUAACCGAUUCUGAAGGACACUGAGCCAGUCUAUGCAUCCAUUCAGCAAAGCCCUUCCGUGUGGUCCAGCCGUAUUGGGAUUCCUAAGGGGAAUAGCGGAGGAAAGAACUGACAAAGCCACCUCUGAGUAUUCCUCACCUAAAUCUAUGACAUUGAUGGGUUUAGUUAUGUCAACAGGCAACUUAAUGUCUUUAGCUUCCUUUUGUUGUUCAUUCGUUCAGUCGUCUCCGACUCUUCGUGACCCCAUGGACCAGUCCACACCAGAGCUCCCUGUCGGCCGUCACCACCCCCAGCUCCUUCAAGGUCAGUCCAGUCACUUCAAGGAUGCCAUCCAUCCAUCUUGUCCUUGGUCGGCCCCUCUUCCUUUUGCCUUCCACUUUCCCCAGCAUAAUUGUCUUCUCUAGGCUUUGCUGUCUCCUCAUGAUGUGGCCAAAGGACUUCAACUUUAGCUUCCUUUAGAAUUGAUCUAAACAUUCCUGUUGGGGAUAACACCAUUGCAACCUAUUUCAGUCGCCCAAUUUGACAGGGACUUUUUGAGUGGCCCCAUUAUCUGUGUUAUCUAGUGGUAUCGCCUCUGGAAAUCUAAACUGCAUGCUUGGUAUGAAUGUAUAGACUGGUCCCUGGGAACUAGUGUUAGGUUUUUAAAUUUCGAUUUCCAGCCCCUGCGCUUCAGGUUUCCAGUUAGGGAACCAAUCUUCCUCAAAUGGAAGCACUCUUUGGGCUCUUUCUCGGCAAAGAAAUCCAGUCCGUCGGUGGCUUUCCGCAGAAGAGAAACCACAAAGCACUUCUCCAAUAAACACCAAGCUUUUUUUCCUGCCCUGAUUUUAAUGAGAAUGCAGAUCAUUCGUAGAGACGUCAUGUUCCUAAUCCUCGAUCGAUCCAAAAAAUGCAUUUGUUGCACAUCAUCGGUAUGUCUGGAGCUUGUGUUAUGACUAUGUAGACAAAUAAGAGAAACAAUAUGGACCCGCCGUGGUCCUCAAGCUGUGGUCUUACUUUUCUCAGGUCUGAGAGUCCCUUAAAUGCAUGCUUGAAACCAAGUGAUGGAAAUUUUGCCCAUUCUA